AUGAAACAAGGAAAGAACAGACCCAAGACCGCACCAGACGAAAUGAACACUCAUCAGCAAGUACAAAACGAUAUCGCUCGGCUUCGCAUGAAGCACCAGAUCAAAGACCUGCAGGGCGCCGUUGGCCGUGGAACAUCCAUGGUUUCUCUCUACAUCCCGCCUCGACAGCAGUCGGUGCAGACGGCGAUCCGAUCAGCGCAGCAACGUCUCAAGCUCUACAACCACAACACCUUUCCUUCCAACGGCUUGGCAAUCUUUUGUGGCUUGGUCGCCUCGGGCCGAGACAAGGAGCGGCUUGUGACAAUAGACCUUGAACCCUUGCAUCCAAUCAAGACCUUUUCUUAUCUUUGUGGCAAGGACUUCCACCUGGACUUACUGAAAGCGCUAUGCGUUGACGCGAACGAACCCUCUUAUGGGUUCAUCAUCGUGGAUGGCAACGGAGCUCUGCUUGGUAAGCUUCAGGGGACAAACCGAAAAGUCUUGCAUAGGUUCGCUGUUGAUUUGCCCAACAAACACAGACGUGGGGGGCAGUCUGCCUUGAGGUUCGACCGCAUCCGGCGAGAAAAGCGGGAUGUCUACAUCCGAAAGGUCUCGGAGUUGGCAAUCGAGUGUUUCCUAGAAGACAACAAGCCGAAGGUGGCAGGCAUUGUGUUAGCAGGACAGGCGGGCUGCAAGGACGAUUUGCAGAAGAACACGAUGUUCCACAAGCGGCUCCGAUCGCUGGUGCUUCAAUCGUUUGACCUGUCCUACGGUGGAGAAGUUGGCUUUGAUCAAGCGAUCGACAUGUCCGCAGCAGUCAUUGGAUCAACCAAGCUCAAGCAGGAGAAAGAGCUACUCGAUAGGUACAUGACUGAACUGAGCCGCGGCUCCAACAUGUAUUGUGUCUCCAUAAAGGAUACACUGGAGGCCCUGGAAAUGGGCGCAGUGGAUGAUCUGAUCGUCUCGGAGAGCCUCGCCGUGAAUCGAUGUGUGAUGCGCGACCCGACAACUGAAGAGGAAAGUGUUGAAUACAUCUCCGGUAUGGAAGAAGACACAAAAAAGGGAGACGACAGGCCGAUGGAGAUUGUGGAAGAGGAGCCCUUACUGGAUUGGUUGCGCGACAACUAUCAGAGCUUCGGUAGCCGUUUGACGUUGGUAUCUGAUCGCACCGCUGCAGGGCGAAGCUUCGCCCAAGGGCUCGGCGGCCUUGGCGGUUUGCUGCGUUGGAGUGUUGACUUCCACGACUUCGACACAGACGCAGACUGCGAAGACGUCGACUGUGAAGAGGGCUGGUGCGAGUCCUCGAACGAAGAAGGCACUGCGGAUGGCGACUUCGGGUUCUGA